AUGAGCUUGCAAGAUCUUUACUCUUCAGCAACAACUUCAACAGCAACAACAACAACAGCAACAGCAAACUUUCUGCUCCCGUUGGGAGCGGCAGCACCGACAAUGUCUUUCGAGACAAGCUUCCGCCCGUCCAGCAAGGCGGUCGGCGCCUCGUCCCUGCCCAACCUACCGGCCUUGUUCGUCUGCUUCAUGCUCCUCCUGCAGACGUACCUUGCGCUGGCCAACCCUGCCGCCGCAGCUGCCGCCUCGGCGCUGUUCCCGGGGUACAAGACCCCCUCGCGCAACGGCGACAGGAACACCGACAACCACCACAAGGACGGCAGUGACGAAUACAUCAAGCUCAGCAGGGACCACGACGUGAUCCUCCCGCGGCAACAACGGCAACAACAAUCGGUCGGCUCGACCUGCGACGGCUCCGAGGGGCAGUGGAACUGCAUGACGACCUCGUGGCAGAGAUGCGCGGCGGGCCGGUGGAGCGUCGUCGUCGACGCGGCCGACGGGACGACCUGUCACCCCGGAGGCUUGACUUGGGACUUUGCCAUCGAGGACGGGAGGGGGCAGGGUGGUGGGAACGGAGGGGGCCGCGCCACCAGCAGCGCGUUCCCUGGUCCCGGAUGGGGAUUGAAGGGCGGUAUAGGUGGGGGUGGAGGGGGAGGUGGAAGGCAUUCACUAGGUGAAUGGAGCCUGGUCCUUUUUGGGGGCUUAGGGCUGGUCGUGGGCGGCUGGGUCUAG